GGGUCCAUUUAGCGUUUGUGUUUUUCCAAACUGCGGCUUUCUGUAAAUUGCCACGGUGUGGCUUGUGUUCCGCGCUCGACAUGGAGGAACUUCUGUCAUUCACAGAUGUAGCCAUUGAUUUCUCUGCAGAUGAGUGUGAAUGCUUGGACUCUGCUCAGUGGAACUUGUAUAAGGAAGUGAUGCUGGAGAAUUACAGUAACCUUGUGUUCCUGGGUCUUGCUCUUUCUAAGCCAUACCUGGUCACAUUUCUCGAGCAAAGUGCAGAGCCUUGGAGUGUGAAGAGAAAAGCAGCAGCUGCUAUCCAUUCAGGUGUGUAGGAAUGAAUGAGCAGAGGUCACAAAUGACGAGUAAAUUUGUAAAAUGUUGAUAAUUUAUGUUUU